CUCAGACACUCGACGCUCGCGCUUUUUUACGCUGCGUAUAGGGUAACAGGGUCUCUCGCGCAUUUAUUCUGACAGCGCUGCGGCAUCCAGCCAGCGCUAGACGCCGCCGGCUAUCAGCCAGGGCCUGCUAUCUCCUCUAAGCUGCUGCUGUCCAGCCCGCGCGCGCGACGCGUGCGCCAACCCAGGACAGACACAAAGAGCCCCACCGGCUGGACGCAGCGAUGGCCGAGGAGCCCCCCUUCAACAGCCAGCCGGGCCGCCUCUGGCUCCUCAAGGUCCCGAAAGCGCUCGAGGAGCAGUGGGCCAAUGCACAACCGGGCGACGACCUUGGAGUAAUAGAGGACGACGGCCAGCUAAGGUUGAGACCAAACGCGGGGCCCACGAAAGCUUUCGAGUUGCAGCGCACCCAGGGCGCCGACGUGCGCGCCUUCCAGGAGGUGGCUCCGCCGCCGAAGAAGCAGAAAACUACUGAGGACGAGGACGAGGACCCGGUCACGGGGCGCCUUCUAGGGAGGCCGCAGGGCACGCUCGUGCCGCGGCCCGCGGCCGGCACGUCGUAUAGACGGGUGUGUCGCGCCCGGAUGGUGCAAUCUUUGAAGCCGGAGCGAGCGACGCAGAUGGUCGACGCAUCCGAGGUGCCUCGAGCCGAUAGGGCACCGGUCGUGGCCUUCGGCGGCCGCGGCAAGGGCGAGACGGAGCAGCAGGCGAACAAGAAGCGCAAGCAGCUGCCGCGCGCGACGCUGCGGUCGCGGCUCUUCGGCAUUUUUGGGGCGUCGGCCGAUCCUCUGGCGCUUAAGGAGAUCAACGAGCGGUUGGGCGACGACGCGCAGCCGGACCCGUUCCUGAAGGACGUGCUCUCGGAGCUCGCGACGCACGUGCGCGUGAGCGGCCGCGUCUGCUACGACCUCAAGGAGGAGUUCAAGGACGCGACGCGGCCGCCGCCGCCGCCGCCCGAGUAGUUAUUUGGUGAUUUUUAGAGGGG